AUGCUGCGUCGCAUCACCGCAAGCAUCAUGGUCCACAGCACCGUCCGAGCUGCCUUCGCUCUCUUCUCCCCUGGGUUGCCGGGCUCAGCACCCUCGCCGGUGCCGCCUGGAUCGUGGCCAGGAGGUGAUUCGGCCACCCCGGCCGGCCAAAUCUCAUCGCAUCUUCAUGUUUGUUUCGAGAGGGACUAUCUCUAA